AUGGACUGGACUCCCUAUAGACGCCUUAGCCUCCAGCUCCGUGUCCGACUUCGUCGCUUCCGCCUCCACUUUCGCAGAAACGCCCGCAGGAACACAGUCCUUCUCCUUAUCGCAACCUACAUCUUGUUCCAUCUCAUCGCCCGCGCAGGACAUCUCCACAACUCGGUCGACAAACGAUGGCAGCACCUUCAGGAGUUUGUGAAACCAGGCAUCCUUGGUGCACCGCCCGACGUGGAACUCAACACUAAGGACUCUGUCCGCGUCCAACUCUGUGACACCGAGGAUCGCCUCUGCUCCUUCUGGACUUCUGAUCAGGUCUGGAAAUCAGUGGAGCUUAACAGGGACGAGGCUUGGUUGAGCCCUGGAUGGAUCAAGGUCCCCAUUGGAGUCCAGGCUACCUUGAUGAUGGAUAACGGUCAGCAGCAGAUCCUCCGGUAUGGUCGCCACAGGUGUGACGACACCUCGCUCAACUGUGAGGGUAUCAACAGCAUGGUUGUAGAAGCCAGCAUCCUGUCAGCGAUUGAUGCCAUUUCAAUAGCAUGCAAGGGCGAAGAGUGGCUGAGAGAGCCAGCUAUUAUGCACACCAUCUACGCCAAGAAAGUCUUCUCCAAGAAGGAUAUCACCAUGAUUGCCCAGUUCUCGAUCAGUCGACUGGAUCGAUUCGAACGCGCCAAAGCUGUCUGGCGUGGACCUAGCUCAGUCGUGAUUUUCCUGGCAACAUACACGGACAUUGUGGAAUUGAAAAAGUACUUUGAGCGACCGGGCAAACUGGCACUGUACAACUCGAUCACGAUCACCCUCGUCAAACCCAAUUACUCCCUCGGCACCCACUCACGAUACCCCAUCAACCACCUCCGUAACAUUGGCAUUCAGGCCACCAUGACCGACUAUAUCUAUGUGAUUGACGCCGACUUUGUGCCCACCUCGAGACUGUACGACUUUGCGAGCACGCAACUAAUCUCGCUCCUUGAAAAGGCCACGCACCCAACCGCCUACGUGGUCCCUUGUCUCGCAAUCAAAGAGGAAUACAGGGGCAAAUUUCCAGACACAAUCAAGGAGCUUCAACCGCUUAUGAGGUCUGGAAUCGCUUACAUUACCGAUCCGCGGUCAGGACAUGGACCGACCUAUACACAACUCUUUCUGAACUCACCUGUCUUCAAGAAUCCGCCUGCUUACGAGGUCUGCUACGAGUCUCAAUGGGAGCCCUACUACAUCGUCAACCGGAACUACCCUCAUCCAUACUAUGACGAGCGGUUCAAGAACCAGGGGGGUGACAAACAAAGUCAUGCCCUGAUGCUGAACGCAUUAGGGUACCGUUUCUUGGUGCUGCGGGAACACUUCAUGUACCAUAUGGACCACGCGGCUCUCAAAUGGACAGGAGAUGGUUUGGAACAAGGGAAGCAAAAGGAUUUCACGUACUUUGAAAACUACGCGCCCGAAAUGCAAAGGAUCUUCGGUUCCAACUAUCGCUGGCCUCGAGGAUGUACUCGCCCUCUCGUCCAAUCCUUCAAGCGGGACCUUCAAGGCAUUGGGACCAUGUAA